AUGUCCUCUGACUUUAUAGGAGUGAAGGUGGAGGAAGACCCACAUACCUUUCUUAAUGAGAUGGAUAAGAUCUUUUGGGUAAUGAGGGAUACUAAUGUGGAGGGAGUAAACUUUACAGCUUAUCAGCUCAAAAAGAUUGCUUAUCUGUGGUAUGGGGAGUGGGACAGAGAUAAGGGCGAUGUAGAAGAGGAUAUUGAAGAUGAGAAGAGAAGGAAGGCUGAUUAUAGAGAUAGGCAGGGAAAUAAAACAGGUUUUCUGAUCAGGAAAGUGUCAGUCUCAAGGUGGUUGAGAUGGUGGGAAGUGGCAGAAAAAAAGUGUGGAAGCUCUAGUUCCUUCUCUACUGCUAGUGCUCCUUUCCCCCAACAGUCGAGUAACAAGAGUCAUCAUGGUGGUGAUAAUUCUCGAGCACAGGGAGCCAGUCUCAGUCGUUCUCAUCGAGGAUUCUGUGAGGAGGGGAGGGAUAAGUGCUUCAAGUAUGGCCAAGUAGGCCAUCAACUUAGGGGUUGUCCGUCUAACAAGGUCGCUAUGGGGGUGAAUAAGAUUCCAAUGGCUUCAUCUUCUGUUCCUACACCCGGCGGUAUGGCAUCUGCUUCUGUUACUGCUCCCGGUUCCAGUGAUGGUUGA